AUGGCUUUUGUCAUUGCAAAAAGUGACACAUCUUUGUUUACUUUUAAGCAUGGUGAUAAUAAGGCUUACCUAUUACUUUAUGUUGAUGAUAUUAUUUUAUGCACAUCAUCUGAUGCUUUGUGUGACAGAUUAAUUUCCCAUUUGAAAACAGAAUUCCCGAUAUCUCAUUUGGGGCCCAUGAAUUACUUUUUGGGAAUUUCUGUCUCCCGUACUCCUUAUAUGCUUCUCUUUCAGCAAAAGUAUGCACAUGGAAUUUCGAAACGUGCAGAUUCGGUUCCUCCAAUGGCGGACCCAACUCAGUACCACAGUCUGGCAUGUGCUCUACGGUGCCUUACAUUUAUUCGCCCUGACGUUGCCUAUGCGAUGCAACAUGUGUGUCUUUUUAUGCAUGAUCCACGGGAGCCUCAUUUGUAUACAUUGAAGCGCAUCCUACGUAAUAUUCAUGGCACCAUUGAUCAUGGAUUACACAUAUAUCCUACAUCUACUUUGCACUUGAUUACAUAUACUGAUGUAGAUUGA